CCGAGGAGCAACUUGCCAGACCCGUGGCCGCGGCUCUCAAUUAAGGGAGGUCAGCAAGGGCAAGCGCCUUCGUCGUGCUUCCCACACGAUUGGGAUUUCCUUUCGCCUCUCUUCUUCUUCGCGCUAAGCUCCUUCUCGUCUUGCUAGUUUUGUGUCUGCUGCUUGGUGUUGCAAUGGAGGCUGGCUUCAAGGGAAAACCUAGUGAAUCGUCCUGUCCUGAUAUUUCUUUUGCUAACCAGAAUGUUCAGAGAUGCCCAUUCUUGAGAAAUAUCCAUGAACCUACUAACUUCUCCUUCUCGCCUAUCAAUUUUUCCAUCCCUGCACGAGGAGGCCAGGGUCCAAUCUUUGAAGAUGGACCGAAUUUUGAGAUGGCAUUCAGACUUUUCCACGGACGAAAUGGAGUGGUUCCACUCUCAGGAAGGAUAUUUGUGCCCAGUGAGGAACCAGAGCCUGAGAUAUCAUCUGAGUUUAAUCCCUUAGCAGCAAAGGCAGCCACGAUCAGCCUUUCAGCUUUUGGACCUGGAGGACCUUUUGGUUUUGAUUUCUUCUCAAAAAAGUGGAAGAAACAGAAUGGUAGAUCAUCCAAUUCUCAGAAAGGAGGUGAUUCAGUACAUGAAUCAUGGAGCAACGAGUGGCUGGAAACUGGACGAUGCCCUAUAGCAAAGUCAUACAGAGCAGUUAGCGGAGUACUUCCCCUGGUUGCGGAUGUUUUAACGUCUCCCCCAGGCAUAAAACUAAGGUGUCCACCAGUUGUGGUAGCUGCCCGUGCAGUGCUUGCUCGAACUUCUUUUGUGAAGAAUCUCCGACCACAACCUCUUCCAGCAAAGAUGGUAGCCAUAGCCUUGCUGGGUAUGGCAGCAAAUGUUCCACUUGGAGUCUGGAGGGAGCACACCAAGAAAUUCUCACCCCAGUGGGCUAUAGCAAUUCAUGCUGCUGUACCAUUCAUUGCGAUGCUUAGGAAGUCUGUGCUGAUGCCUAAGGCAGCCAUGGCGAUCACUAUUGCAGCGUCAAUCCUAGGUCAGACUAUUGGUUCGAGAGCUGAGCGGAUACGGCUAAAGGCAGUGGCAGCAGCUGCUGCCAAUGAAGGAAGCCAUUUAAUUCUCAAAACCAGAGCAAUUACGUAUGCCCAAAAGAUAGGGCAAUGUGGCCCGGAAGUAGCAUGGGAUCCUCUCUCUCUUAAGGCAGGGAGUUUGGAUCCACCAGCAUCUUCUAUAUGCUAGUGAUUGAGAUGUAGUUUGUCACAUAUGCAGUUUGUUACAGAUGGUAUUUGUUAUCAUUCAAUAAUUUGGUUAUUCAGCAUUUCAAUGACUGAAUCGUUGUGUAUUAAAAUGAAUGGUGUCAGGUUUUCCUUGAGUUUAAAGUGAAUAAAAGGAUAUUUUUCA